AUGACAACUAUCUACAAUGCUGUCGAUACUUCUACGCUAGAUGAGCGUUGCAGAAUAGACCUCCUUGAUGGUGUGGCACAGCUGGAGCGGCACUCCGCGACACUGCCGAAGAAGGAUGUGACGCUGGCAGCACCAGACCUCCCGUGCUGCACAUUUGAAACGACCGUCUCGCAUUCCAUGAAGAAGCGCUGUGGCCAGGAUGAGGACGCGGUGGAGAGGUACUAUGCCGAGAAGAAGAAGAAUCAGGAGAGAACCAUGCAUGUGUCAAGCUCUACAUACUUUAAGGAGCACAAUCCCAAGUUCGAUGGGGCACUACCCUCCACAGAGCCCUUCCGCGAGACGCGUGACCGCAAUGAAUUGACGGGCAGGGAGAAGGAUUUUGUGCAUCGCUACGCGGAGGCCGCGAUAAAAAAUUCAGCCGAACGCGAAAUCCCUGAUGAUGCACCAACGCGGGCUGCAACGGAGGCAUACACGAAGGCCUUCCGCGAGUACAAGGGUCGGAAUCCUUCCAAGAAGGAGCUGGAAGAGGUUGGCAGGCUUUGGUUUGCCUUUGCUGAAGACGGCACUGUUGGCGUGGUUCAGAAGCCCCACCAUUACGGCCCUCACUCACAUGUGUCUAUCUGUAAUCGUCGCCACGUGCGAUGCCCCAACCAGGUUUACAAGGCGGAGCUACCGCCUGUGCGGGGGGCGCGCACCCGCUUUCCCGGUCCAAUUCCAGUCUGGUCGUCGACACAGAAUACAUAUACAAUGGUUUCAGGCGAUACUUAUGUAUCUGGACUGCAUAACGUAAGCAAAUUUGGAUCGGCUUCUUCUUAG